GAACUGUCAUGCAGAAAAUGAUGGCUGCGGGAGGCAAGAACUACUGUAGCUUUCUCUCUUCAAAUGGAAAUUUGUCGUCAGAUUAUGAUCGAUCGUCAGAGUCCGAAAAUACAAUACUUGAAUGCCGGGUAUGUAACGAAGUGUACAGUUUACAGGGAGAUAAAGUUCCACGUUUGUUGUUCUGUGGUCACACUGUUUGUCACCAAUGCCUAUCAAGAUUUCCACUCCAUGGUUCAUCGCUUCUUUGUCCAUUUGACCGACAGCCAACAACAAUAGGGUACUCUGGAGUUUGGGAUUUGAAGAAAAACUUUGCUCUGCUGGAACUUUUAGAAAAACUACAAUGCUCAAAGGCUGCUCCCAAUAAAAAUGCAUUUUCAGAGGAAAUGCUCAAACAGGAGAAACAGUUGGCUGUUCCAUGCGAUGAAAAUGAAGACCAUGUAGCUGUGUUGUACUGUACAGUAUGUAGCACAAAUCUGUGUGUGGAUUGUGCAGAGAUGAGCCAUGCGACACGCACACUCACAAGACACAAAAGGGUUCCAUUGUCAGAAAAGCCCAAAGAAGUACCAAAGUGUCAGUUUCAUCCAAUGCACUUAGUGGAGUUUGCUUGCUUAGAGGAGAGUUGUCAGACCUGUCCACUCAUGUGUUAUAUCUGUAAGGAUUAUGGAAGACAUGCAAAGCAUAAGCACACUCUCCUGGAUAUGGAGGCUGAAAAUGUCCGCUCAUCAAUCAUCAGUGCAGUUCACCAAAGUAAGUCAUUUGCUGAGGAGGUAUUGGACUGGGCCAGGCGUCUGGGCACAGUGAUUCAGCAAAUUGAGGGCGGAAUCCAAGUUAUCUCAGGUCAGGGGUCACCUCCACACACACAACAGAUCCACGGCACAGCUGACAAAGCGAGAGAGAAAAUCAAACGUUAUUUCAGUGAUCUAAGGGAGACUCUGAACCACCAGGAAGUGGCUGCACACACUGAGGUGGACACUCAUAUCCGAGAGAGGCUGUGUGUGCUACGACAGCAACAGGAAGACAUGGCCAUUCUCCUUUCCCAAAUCUCAGCUGUUUGCCAUCAGUGUGAGAGCACCCUAGCUCAGGAAAACUCAAAGGUGAUCAUUGCAAAGCAGGAAGUGAAAACGCUGCAGGAAACAAUCCAGAAACAGCAGCAGCAGUUCUCUGAAUUACCUGAGCAGUUGUCUCUAGACCCAGCCAUACCAAUUACUUUCACAAAGGACAAUCGUGUCCACAUAGGACCAAAGCUGGAGAUGAGGGUUGUAACGUUAGGACUGGAUGACUCAGGAAAAACUAGCAUCCUUUUUAAGCUAAAACAAAACGAAUUUAUACAAACAAUACCAACAAUAGGUUUUAAUGUAGAGACAAUAGAAUACAAAAAUUUGAGAUUUACAAUUUGGGAUGUUGGAGGUCAGCCAAAACUAAGACCAUUGUGGAAGCACUAUUAUCUAAAUACUCAAGCCGUGAUAUUUGUAGUGGAUAGCAGUAACAGAGCACGUCUCCAAGAAGCUCACAACGAACUGGCCAAACUUGUGCAAGAGAAGGAAUUGAAAGAAGCCUCUCUGCUAAUAUUUGCUAACAAGCAGGAUGUUGAAUCUUGUGUCAGUAUUGAGGACUUGACGCGGGAGUUUAACCUCUUUAAACUGUGUUGUAACAGAAGCUGGCACAUCCAAGCGUGUGAUGCCACAAGUGGGUAUGGACUUUAUGAUGGCCUGGAAUGGUUUUCAAGACAAAUGGUGGCUGCAGGACCUAUUGAUCUUGCCUGAAUAUAAGUCAUUUCUAGCACACUGGAUGGAAUUGUGCAAAAAUUCAUCUUUAUUUAUUUAAGCCAUGCUCAUCAUGUUUGGAUGGUUCAGUGCAGAUUAUCUGUUUCUAAGUGCAUUUUGAAUCAGCAGUUCUGUGUGCAUUGUCAGGAAUACCUUACUUUAUGUGUGCUAAAUAUAAUCCAGAAAGAUUGUUUCAUUUCACAAUACACUGUGUAAGAUUCCAGAUCCCAAAGAAAAUAGGGAUAAACUGCUUGGUUGCAAGCUAUUUUGGUGCAAGCUGGAAGCUCAGGUCAUGGUAUUUGGUUUUUUCUUUGCCUACAUUUUGAAAUGUUAAAAAUUUCGGAUUGUUUCAGUGGGCACUUGUAUUUCAAUCAUCGUUUAUACCUAUACUGAUUGCAUCUAAAUCUGUAUUACUAGCUUCAUAUAAUAAAUCCACAAAAUUUGGUUUUGAACAUGUUCUAGUUUGCGAACAAUUUCUAAAAGAAAUCAGACAAGCGAAGUGUCAGUUUCAGAUGAUGGUUUGUACCUGCCAGUUAUAUAUUGAAACCUAUUUAUCAAACACCUAAGCUAAUAAGAAUACUACAGGUACAUGUAAAACAGAUUUAAGCAGACCAUACCUUUGUGUAGUUUAGGCAGUUUGUCUCCUUUCAGAAACGUUAACAUAUUAACAUAUUAUCGCAUAUUAAAAGCCUACAGUCUGAAACACCCAUCAUAAAAUAAAUUUAUUUGUAUUCAAUUUUUCUUUUGCGUAUGACUGGCAGUGUAACUGUAAAUUAAAUGUCUGUUGAUAUGAAUUCACUAAAAAUAAAAAUAUUUAAA